UCAGUACAAUUUCCAAUCGCGAAGGGAAAGUCAAAAUGUCGGAGGAAAAUAAGGAGGUAAAACCUGAGUCGGAGCACAUCAACUUGAAAGUGAUGGGUCAGGACAAUACAGAAGUACAUUUCAAAAUCAAGAAAACCACACAACUUAAAAAACUGAAACAGGCCUACUGCGAUCGCCAGGGUGUUCCUCUUAAUUCACUUCGCUUUCUCUUUGAUGGACAAAGAAUAAAUGAUGAACAGACGCCAAAAGACCUUGAAAUGGAAGAUGAUGAUGUUAUUGAAGUAUAUCAGGAGCAGACAGGAGGCCGAUAAAAUUUUACCCUAGAUCCAACAUAAAUGUCCACCUUAGUUUGUUAUUCCAUCCUUUGGCACAAAGGACAUGAUCAUAUAUCCUGUUUUGUUUGACUUAGAACUUAGAUUAUUCUGUACAUGCAAUAAUUGCUUUUAUAAAGAAGUCUUUGUGCAGAAACAGGGCAUUUUAUAUUUGUUUGUAUCGUUACUAUUCAUAAAGGACUUAGUACAUUAUAAUUGUUUUGUGUGAAUAGUUUGGAGUUUUCUCCUGUCCAUUCAUUUAGAUUCCAAUUUUUGUUUAGUUGUCAAAAAAAGUGCAAUGCGUUGUUUGUAAAGUCCAGCUGAGCCCAUUAAAGAUAUACUUUUAAAUGAA